CCAAGUGCUUCACUUUCAAAAUUAUUAAUUUUCCUUUUCUCCUUAUCAAUUUGUGCCUUUCUCCUCUUAAUUCAUUCGAAAAAUAUUUGUAUUCGAAUUGCAAUGUCAAAAUCUUACGUGUUCGGAGAACUAGAAAUUGAAGAGCCAUCUAAUAAUCAAACACGUCUUGAAAAGCUUCAACUUGUCGCUAGUGAUCAUUGGAAAAAUAUAUUGAUCGGUGGAUUAUCUGAAAUUAUAAUUGUUGCCUCUGUGGCUCUAUUAACCUACCUUCUGACAAGACAACCAAUAUGUGAAACAGCAGUUUCUACAAUUUCUACAUUGGCAACCAGUACUUUACCUAUUACAACAAAAAGCUCAACAACACAUUGGUCGACUUCCAGUACUCCGAUUUCCAGUACUUCGCCAACUUCAGCUCCCGAGAACUAUUCUUGUGCUGCUGGGUUCCCCUAUAUCAAUCAUAAAUGCUGGAAGUUGGUCACUGGGCCCCAAAAUAGAGCAGAUGCUGACCAGGCUUGCAAUAAUCUUGGUGGAUCGACCCUUUUCUCAAUCAGAAACGAUCAGGAUAAUCAAGCUGUGCUGGAAUUCGUAAAAGAUCAGCAAGUCAAGAACCUGUGGACCGGGUUGAUCUGUGAUAACAACGAUCCGUCUUUGUGUACGUGGGAUGUGCAGAGCGGAACCACCGCAGCUUACAAUAACUUUGCCAAGGGAUAUCCAAGUGGCGUAAAUGAAGAGUGCAUUUAUUACAUGACUACUGGAACACAAGCCGGACAGUGGGCCAGUGGAUUGUGCAAUGAGACUAUGAGUUUUGUGUGUGAGCUGCCAACGACUAUUUACGAUGAAACAUGCAAAUACAACUACAACACUUAUUGCUACACCCCAUACUCUCUCGGUAAAACUGCCAGCGAUGCUCAGAGCUAUUGUACAUCAUUGGGGUCCAAUCUGGUAUCAAUUCACUCUGGAAACGAGAAUCGAUACGUCAUGACAAUUAAUUUUGGAAGAAACAAAAAUAUAUUAAUUGGCGGAGUGGCUUUUUCAAAUGAUGUGAUGUUAUGGUAUGAUGGAACAGAAUCGAAUUUCAACAAUAUCUACCAGAUAAAAGACGGGAAUUGUCUUAACAUGAAUAAUACCAAUGGAGGCUGGUAUGGAGGUGAUUGUAUGGCUAGCAAUAAUUAUUUUAUUUGCAAACGAAGAAUCCUGGAAAAAUAGCUAUUAUCCUAACAUUUUUAAGAUUUAUGAUGUCUUGUUUUUGGUUCAUAAACUUUUCCAAUUCACCGA